AUGCUGAAACCCCAAAUAAUGAUGUCUGGUGAAGCUCUUAGAGAUCUCAAUAUCCUGCCUGAGUGUGAGAGGAAGACUCAGAACUCCAUUAAUGGGAGCUUUUCCAAGCCUCAUGUGGAGCAUACUACUGAAACUCUUGAAGAAAUUCAGAGAAAAGAAACUUCUUGUUUGGUUAAAACUCUUAUCAAUGGAUGUGAAACUCCGAACUCUGGCGUCGAGGUGGGAAAUUCAGAAGUGGAAUACAUUGAAUCUGGGGACUUGAAUGACGUAGAAGAUGUGGAACAGAGUCUCAAGACACUCUUAGCUGGCUUAGACUCCAAAGAUUGGAUUUUGGUGUGUGAGGCACUUAAUGAUGUACGCCGGCUCUCGAUAUUUCAGAAGGAAGCUAUGGUCAACAUGUUGGAAAGAGUGAUUCCCCUCAUUGUGAAGUCCCUGAAGAAUCCCAGAAGUGCGGUUUGUAAAACCGCAAUUAUGACGUCUGCAGACAUUUUCAGUGCAUAUGGUGAUCAUAUAGUUGAUUCACUAGACCCUGUGCUUGUACAACUUCUUCUCAAGUCUUCACAAGACAAAAGAUUUGUAUGUGAGGCUGCUGAAAGAUCUCUAAUAGCUAUGACUACUUGGGUUUCCCCCAAUUUGUUGUUACCAAAGUUGCAACCUUAUCUGAAGAACAGGAAUCCUCGAAUUCGAGCGAAAGCUUCAAUGUGCUUUUGUAAAAGUGUACCAAGACUGGGAGUUGAGGGAAUCAAAGCAUAUGGGAUUGACAAGUUGAUCCAAAUAGCUGCAACCCAGCUUAGUGACCAGCUUCCUGAAUCCAGGGAGGCAGCUCGUGCUCUCUUGUUGGAGCUGCAAACUGUGGAAAGAGUGAUUCCCCUCAUUGUGAAGUCCCUGAAGAAUCCCAGAAGUGCGGUUUGUAAAACCGCAAUUAUGACGUCUGCAGACAUUUUCAGUGCAUAUGGUGAUCAUAUAGUUGAUUCACUAGACCCUGUGGCACUUAAUGAUGUACGCCGGCUCUCGAUAUUUCAGAAGGAAGCUAUGGUCAACAUGUUGGAAAGAGUGAUUCCCCUCAUUGUGAAGUCCCUGAAGAAUCCCAGAAGUGCGGUUUGUAAAACCGCAAUUAUGACGUCUGCAGACAUUUUCAGUGCAUAUGGUGAUCAUAUAGUUGAUUCACUAGACCCCGUGCUUGUACAACUUCUUCUCAAGUCUUCACAAGACAAAAGAUUUGUAUGUGAGGCUGCUGAAAGAUCUCUAAUAGCUAUGACUACUUGGGUUUCCCCCAAUUUGUUGUUACCAAAGUUGCAACCUUAUCUGAAGAACAGGAAUCCUCGAAUUCGAGCUAAAGCUUCAAUGUGCUUUUGUAAAAGUGUACCAAGACUGGGAGUUGAGGGAAUCAAAGCAUAUGGGAUUGACAAGUUGAUCCAAAUAGCUGCAUCCCAGCUUAGUGACCAGCUUCCUGAAUCCAGGGAGGCAGCUCGUGCUCUCUUGUUGGAGCUGCAAACUGUGAGGGCCUUUAGGAGAGGACUUGGUAACAGUAGUCUGGUUGGGAGGGGCGGCUUUGGAACCACAAGCAUGUCUCAAAAUGAUCUAGAAAAGCUACCUUGCUUCGAUUUCAUUGCGAAUUCUAGGGGAAGUAGUCCUGUUGAUUGUGCAGUGUGUUUAGAGAACUUUAGGGUCGGCGAUAAGUGUAAGUUAUUGCCUUUAUGCAAGCAUAGUUUUCACGCAGAGUGUCUGGAUUCAUGGCUUUUGAGGACACCCAGUUGCCCAAUCUGCAGGACUACUGCUGAUUCUUGGAAGGGGGAUUCAGUAUCCGAUGGUGAAAGCAGCUGUUCCAGUGAGAUUGCGAUCGAGUUGAGAGAGCACCAAUCAACAGACAGCGGCCAGAAUGUAAUGGAGUUGAGAGAGGGCCAAACAGCAGAAAGUGGCCAUUUGAAUGAUCUUGGAACAGAGCUGAGAGAGAGCCAAACCAUAGAAAGCACUCAUUUGGGUGAUAUUGAAACUGAACCAAGAGAGAACCAAACAGCUUUAGUUGGAUCAUAA